GGUGCACUUAGUAAAUUGAGUAGCUAUCUGUGCUGGCUGGUUAGUUUGUGACAGCAUGUCUGGCAGUCGCAACGUGCGCUUAUAUUUGUGUGUCCUGUACAGGUUGGGCAUGCUGUGUGCCCGGUUCGAUGAUCGCGAGUGUUUGCUACAGUCAACACCCGGCAGUGAGCGCUACGCGCUUUUCCACAUGCUGAUCGUACUGAUCGCGGCAUUCGCUGGCUUCAUCUACGUCUGCCUGUGGCCCCAAGAGCUCUACAUGGGCAUUUACAACGAUACGGGCAACUACUAUGAACUCUUCAAUAUACGCAGCUUUUGCGUAGGUCUCUGCCUGCUCCAUAUAUGCCUCUAUAUACGACGUCAGCGUCACAUCGAGUUGGUUCAGAAACUACUUCGCCUGCAUCGCUUGUGCCCCGAUGCGGCCAUGGAGCGUUACUUUCGGCGCAAUUUCGAUGUCUACAUAGCUCUGGCCGUGCUCUGCUUGGUGAACUAUUUGAAUGGCUAUGCCCGGGCGGGCCUAUCCAAAGUUCCCACUCUACUCUAUAUUGUUGUGUAUUUGUAUAGCUUCUCGGCAAUGUGCCUGUUGCUGGUGUUCUUUGUCUGCUUGCAGCAUAUUGUAGCAGCGGGCUUGGCGAAAUUAAACAGCCAGUUAGUGGAGAAUAACUCCGUGUCAAAUUGUAAGCAUUUGCUCUACAAAAGACACCGUCUCUUGGAUAUUGUUGCCGCGGAGCUAAUUGCAUGUUUCGGAGUCCUAAUACUACCCAUUGUACCACUCGUCCUAUUUCUAGCCCCCUCUGGUCCACUCUUCCUGAUUAGCACCGUUAUGGAGGGCAAACUAAAAAAACCUUUCGAGUUCACCAUAUAUUGCAUAACCUCCUCUCUAUGGAAUAUUCCUUGGCUGGCUAUGAUAACGUUUAUGUUGCGGUCGAAUGUGAUCACAACUGAAGCCAAUAAAACAGCUAAAAUACUUGCAAAAAUACCUAGAACUGGCUCUGGAGUGGACAAAAUGGUUGAAAAGUUCUUGCUCAAAAAUCUGCGCCAGCAGCCAAUACUCACAGCCUACGGAUUUUUUGCGCUAGACAAGAGCACACUCUUUAAGCUCUUUACAGCCAUAUUUACAUAUAUGGUCAUAUUGGUGCAGUUUAAGGAAAUGGAAAACUCAACCAAGUCUUUGCAGAAAUCAUAAUUUGAAAUCAUUUUGCCUAACUUAUCUUACUAUAUUGUGAAGUGUAUAAAUAAAAGUGUAC